AUGCCACUCAUCGUUUGGCGAGAGAGCGCUGACCCAGACGUCUACGAGACCGCGCGUACAAACAGACUGUUCAAUGGCGUCAUCCCUCAGAGAUAUCCUGCCGCCAUUGCAUUUGCAAAGUCGGAGCAAGACAUUGUCGAUGCGGUAAACACUGCCGUUCAGAAAAACCACCGUGUUUCGGUCCGUGCCGGGGGGCAUAGUUAUGCUGCGUGGAGUCUACGGUCUGACGCUCUGCUUAUCGAUCUCGGUCAAUUUGUCGAAAUGAACCUCGACGAAAGCAGUGGCAUCGUUCGCGCAUCGCCAGGCGUGACAGGGGCGCAGCUGAACACCUACCUAUCGGCAAGAGGCCGGGCAUUUCCUGUCGGGCACUGCCCUGAUGUCGCUCUGGGGGGAUUUCUUCUGGGCGGAGGGAUGGGUUGGAACUCGAACAACUGGGGCUGGGCAUGCGAAAGCAUAGUUGCAAUUGACUUGGUGACAGCAAGUGGGGAGCACAUCAGAGCAGAUGAGUGCAACAGCGCAGACUUGUUCUGGGCUGCCAGAGGUGGCGGGCCAGCAUUCCCUGGAGUGGUGACGAGAUUUCAUCUUCAAACCCAGCCAGCUCCGAAGGCCAUCCGCUCGUCUGUAUACGUCUAUCCAGGAGAACACUACAAGGCUGCGUUCACUUGGAUAUUAAAGACUGCCUCAAGCGUCGACCAUUUGGUUGAGAUAACUGCUGUUGGAAGCUACAAAGAAGGAGUUCAAGAUGCAUGCCUUACCAUCAUACUUGUUGCAUUCGGCGACGAUGAACACGCUGUCGGUGACAUCUUGCAAAAGGUAGAUCAAUCACGUCCUGCAGGUCUAUUAUCCCGGUCGUUCUCCGAGCAAACCAGCAUCGACCGCGAAUUAGAGAACAAGUACGAGGCGUACCCUAUCGGCCAACGCUACAAUGUCGACAAUGUGUUUCUGAAAAACGACGCUGAUGUGGCUGAGCUACUGCGGCCGGCUUUCACCACUCUACCGACGAGACAGUCGCUGGCACUAUGGUCUUCCAUGAGACCACGGAGCACACGGGCGUUGGCAGACAUGGCCCUCAGCGUCCAAUCAGACCAUUACUUUGCCCUCUAUGCGAUAUGGGAGAAUGAGGCUGACGACUUGGAAAAUGGCGCAUGGCUAGCUGGCGUAAUGAACCAAGUGCAGCGUCAGGCAGCGGGUGCAUAUCUUGGCGAACAUGAUUUCAAAGCUCGUGCAGCCAGAUUAUGGGGAAGUCAGCAAUACGAGAGAUUGGUGGGCGUCAAGCGGAAAUGGGACCCAGACCAUCGAAUCUGCGGGUGCCUCGGGCUGGGGGAGCUUGACUAG